AUGGUGGGCCGGCUGAGCCUGCAGGAUGUGCCCGAGCUCGUGGACACGAAGAAGAAGGGCGACGGCGUCCUGGACAGCCCGGACUCGGGGCUGCCCCCCAGCCCCAGCCACUGGGGGCUCGCGGCGGCCGGGGGCGGCAGCGGCGGCGGGGAGCGCACGCCAGCUCCUGGAGCUCUGGAGCCCGACGCCGUGGCGACCCCCGCGGCCCAGAAUCCAGCCUCACUCCCCAACCCCUUGGCCCCCAGCUGCUCACCCAGGUUAUGCCCCCUGUCCUUUGGUGAAGGAGUGGAGUUGGACCCCUUACCACCAAUGGAAGUAAGGUACACUUCCUCAGUCAAGUACGACUCAGAGAGGCACUUCAUCAAUGACAUUCACAUGCCACUGGGCCUGGCGGUGGCCUCCUGCAGCCAGACGGUCACCUGCGUCCCCAAUUGCACGUGGCGCAACUACAGGGCUGAGGUGCGCUUUGAGCCCCGCCACAGGCCCACACGCUUCCUCAGCACCACCAUCGUUUACCCCAAGUACCCCAAGACCAUCUACACCACCACCCUGGAUUACAACUGUCGGAAGACAAUGAGGAGGUUUCUGUCCAGCGUGGAGCUUGAAGCCACUGAGUUCCUGGGCAGCGAUUGCCUCUCCGAUGAAUGCUGA